AUGCAGCGUUUACUGAUUCUCUACGUAAAUGCGAUCGUCUGUGGGUUCGCUUUUGCGGUAUUAACCACAGAAAAUAGCAAUGGAGAUCCUGAUAUUGGAGUAAAUGUUACGAAACUAAUCACCAGCAAAGGCUAUCCUGUAGAAAAUCAUUUCGUCAAGACUGAGGAUGGUUUCAUUCUGAAUAUACAAAGAAUUCCUCAAGGUAGAGAAAAGCCGAUUGACGUCAACUAUGACAAAAGAAAGCCAGUCGUAUUUUUAAUGCACUGCCUGCUAUGCUCUAGCGCCGAUUGGGUAAUAAAUUUAUCGAAUGAGAGUUUAGGUUUCAUUUUAGCGGAUAACGAAUUAGAUGUUUGGCUUGGAAAUGUUAGGGGUAAUACCUAUUCUAGAAAUCAUGUUACUCUCAAGCCUGAUCAGGAUGCAUUUUGGAAUUGGAGUUGGGAUGAAAUAGCAAAGUAUGACUUACCUGCAAUGUUAGAGUACGUAUUAAAUUUUACGAAGCAGUCGCAUCUGGUUUACGUUGGCCAUUCACAAGGAACUUUGGUAGCGUUUGCAGAAUUCUCGAAAAAUCAUGUCUUAGCUAAAAAAGUGAAGUUAUUUGUCGCUUUAGCACCAAUUACUACUAUUGAUCACAUUAAAAGCGGAUUAAAAUAUUUGGCCUACAUUAGUCAAGAUCUCAGCGAUUUGUUCCAGCUCUUAGGCUACAAAGACUUUCUUCCGAACGAUUUCUUAAUAAAGCUAUUGGCUACUGAAGUUUGUGGUACAAGAUAUUUGAACAAAUUGUGUGAAGAUAUGAUAUUCUUAAUAACUGGAUUCGAUAAACCACAGCUAAACGUCACACGUCUUCCAGUUUACUUAUCCCAUACACCAGCUGGUACAUCAGUCCGCAAUAUGUUACAUUUUGCUCAGAUGUAUUUAUCAAAGAAAUUUCAGAUGUUCGAUUUCGGUAACAAACAUGAGAACAAACUUCAUUAUGAUCAGACUACUCCUCCCAUUUACCAUGUGAAUAAAAUGCACGUACCAACGGCGGUAUUUAGUGGUGGCCAUGAUUUCUUAGCAGACCCUACUGAUGUCAAGUCAUUGUUGUCCAAGAUUCCCAAUCUUGUUUUUAACAGGACAUUAUCGGAUUAUGAACACUUAGACUUCAUAUGGGGGCUUAAUUCUGCUACGAAGGUCUAUCGAGAGACUGUACGUUUGAUUAUGAAAUAUACUGGCAUACUUAAGAAACCCUGA